AUGAGCGAAGUCCGUUCAGAGAGAAGAGAAACAACAUGGAGCCUCUCACGCCAACUCGAAGAUUUGGAUUAUGCUGAAGAUAUUUGUCUACUCUCGCAUAAGAUCUCCAACAUGCAAGCAAAGAUAGAUGAUUUGGAAAGAUUAGCACGCAAUGUUGGACUUGAGAUAAAUAUCAAGAAUGCUAUGAGAAUCAACAACGUUAGCACCGAUAACAUCAUGCUACAGGGCCAACCAGUUGAAUGCGUAGAAAGCUUCUGCUAUCUAGGCAGUACAGUAUCAACAAAUGGCGCCGCUGAAACAGACGUGAAUAACAGGCUCAAUAAAGCGAGAGCGGCAUUAGGAAGACUACAACCAGUAUGGAGAAACUCACAAAUAUCCAGACGUACCAAGCUUAGAAUAUUCAACGCAUGCGUAAAGUCUACUCUGCUGUAUGGAAGUGAAACACCAUCACGCAAAAACUACUGGUAUUCAUUAAUAAGUGCCUCAGAGUCAUAUGUAGAAUAUUCUGGCCUAACAACAUCAGAAAUACGGAUCUCUGGAACCUCACCAACGAAGAACCCAUACUAA